AUGGGAAGCGAUCUCUCCCCCAACCUACAACAUGUGCUUAUUCUUAUUGUCGCCCUUAUCAACCAUGCUACCAAUUCCGGCUCCGGCUCCGGGUCCAGCAGCAGCAGCAGCAGCAGUGACGAGGAGGAGGAGGAGGCCGGGAGUGGCAACGGUGAUGACGGUGAUGAUGACGGUGACCGUGGCCGUGGCCGUGAUGACGGCGGAAGUGCUGCGAUGAUGAGGAAGGCCAAGAUGAGGGUGGAGCGCUCUGUCACAGCAGGAACAGGAAGCAUCACGACGAUCGAUGCCAUCCUCAAGGAGCUCGAGUACAGCCGUCUCCAAACUAUGACGCUCGGCGAGCUGCGGGAGGGCGCUUUUUUUCGAGGCCUGGGCCGCGAUGCGAACCGCCGCCUCCAGCUCCACAUCCACUCCGUCGACAGCACCAACGUUGACACCAGCCCCCUGCUUCUCGAAGUUGCUCCUCCCCACGACUACGAUCCAGAGGCUUGUCGCAUCGCCUUCACCAUCGACACGGCUGAGUCGGUACUCCACGCCGCCACAGCCAGUGCAGUAGCGGCCGACGUCAUCUUGCCACGCGUGCGAGAGCUCCUCCUGCUCGACGACAACCGCCUCGCCAAUCUUGCUGCCUCCGUGCUCGGCCUCCGCCACCACAAUGGUGACGACGACGGCGGUGACGACGACCAUGUGUCCGUCUCGCCCUCGGUGGCAGAAAAGCUCAUCUGUGCAGCCAACGCGGUAGAUGGGUACAACUGGCUGCCGCCUUUCAUCAUCGAGAUUGGAUUCUCUACCCCGAUGGACUCGAUCACUGCCAAGAAAUACCUCACCUCCAAUGCCGGCCAGGUCUGCGCCGUCCUCCUCCUCAACAUCGAAUACAGCAGCCUGCAACAGCGCCUCCUCGCACCGCCCGGCCACGCGCCGCCCGCCAUCUCCCUACACCUCUUCCGUCUCGCCACCAGCUGCACCGAGUGGGGCGUCGCCCACCCCGCCGACGACGUCGACGUCCGCGCCGCGGCCCGCGCCGGCCGCCAUCUCCGCCUCUACCUGUCCGACUUCCACCGCAGCCUCCCCUGCUCGCCCCUCGAGAUCCCGUAUCGUGCCCUCCAGGCCGUUGUGGACGAGGCGCUCACCCAGCAGGCGCGCGCGGACCGCUGGACCGAGGGCCCGGCGGCGGGCCGCCCUGCUGUAGACUUGAUGGGAGGGAGGAAGCGCUCCAGCGCCGUCGUCGUGCAGGAGGAGGUGGUGGAGGAUGGGCCCGAACCUGCUAGGAUGGUUGUUUCCAUUUUUGGCAGAUAG